AUACACGGAAGACACAGACACAGCGGCAGCAUAUUUCGCUCGUAUUUAGUGGGUGUGUGUAUGUCUCUAAUUUUGUUAUAUUUUUAAGACGUGUAAUUAUUUGUUGUCGGUUUUCGCAGUUGAAGUAUCUUACAUUAUCAUCACACUUUAAAUUAAAACACUUUCCAUAACUAUGUCUGACGAAGAACUACCAUCGGGUUGGGAAAAACGCCUCAGCAGGUCUACCGGUCAAUAUUAUUAUUUAAACACAUAUACAAAAGAGAGCCAAUGGGACAGGCCAGAUAAACCGGCGGAUCAAUCAGGAAAUGGAACAGAAAGUGGCCCUGAAGAAGUUCAAUGUUCUCACCUUUUAGUCAAACACUCCGGAUCUCGUCGACCAUCCUCUUGGAGAGAAGAAAAUAUCACCAGAUCCAAAGCAGAAGCUUUGGAACUUAUCAAUUCGUAUAGAGAACAACUCGUAUCUGGAAAAGCCACCUUUUCCGAACUUGCCUCUAAAUACAGCGACUGUAGUUCUGCGAAGCGUGGCGGCGAUCUUGGGCCAUUUGGACGAGGCGCAAUGCAGAAACCUUUUGAACAAGCUGCUUUUGCCUUAAAAGUCGGCGAACUUUCUCAAGCAGUUCACACGGACAGUGGAGUUCAUAUAAUCCAGCGAACUGCCUGAACCCAUUCCUAAUAAAACAGAGAAUGCCGAACUAUGAUCACAACGCAACAUUUUGUGUACCCAUUAUCAUAAUUCAUGGAUUGUGGUUCCACAUAAUCACAGCUGAAAAGCUUAGCUCAAAUUUGUUUCCAGUUUCUGUUUAAUUGUAAUGUUACGGUUAAUUACAUUUUUUGGGCUCUACUAGCAGUUUCGAAUAAAAUAUAACAUUAUCCAAUUAA